AUGGUCAAAGUGACCAAAGAAGUUGAAACCAUCAAACAACAGAUGAUGCUAGUAAAUGGAUUUCAACUCACUAUCGAGAAGCUUGUAACAACAUUACAGCAGCAACUAGAAAAAACUAAUGAUCAUAUUUCUCAACCGAAUGAUAAUGACUUUUCGCCACCAACAAAUGUGUGGUGUCCAUGGCGAUCAGAUAGUUGCACAGAGAAAAUUAUACGACCGGGACAGAUGACCAUUGUGAUGGAACAAGAAGUAUCAUUGCCAUUCGCACUUUAUUUAUCAGCCAGUAACGAUCCAAACGAUAGUCGCUAUGUAAUUCAUUUUUCAAUCGAUAAAUAUCGUGUGAAAAUUGGUAAAACAGUCAAUGGUAUCACUACCAUUAUAAAUGAAACAAUUCACCAUGAAUAUAUUUUACAAGAAGGGAAAAAUAUAUACUGGCUCAGCAUUGAUCAUGUAAAUUUAUUUAUUAAGUAUGGUCAUGGUGAAGUAAGAGAUCGAUCAACAUUGCUCAAAAGUGGUGUAUCCCUAGAAGAGAAGAAUUCAGUUGGACAAAUUCAGUAUGUUCACGUCUCAUUCAAUGGCAGUCGUAUAUUGUCUGAACUUACGCGGUAUGAAGAUAAGGUGAAAUUCAAAAUUGGUCAGUAUCCUGUGGUCUUAGACCCACCAUUAUUAGUUGCAAACACGACAAAUCUAGAUCAUUAUCUCCACAACUCGUUUAUACUUUUAUCUCGCUUAAAGGAACCGUGUCAAUCGUUAUAUCUUGAUAUUAUCGGUUGGAAAUUUCAAGACGAUGCUUUUCCUCAUCUAUAUGAAGCUAUCGAAUACAGUAUUCGAAAUGAAUCAGGCUGGUGUUAUAAAACACUGAGAAAAAAGGCAUCGACAUUUGGUGUAUCAGAUAUUCAUGCUACUUACUUGAGAAUUACUAUAGGCUCAAAUAUGGGUACUUCACCAGGUGUUCCCUAUGUUCUUGAAAUUUGGCCGCCAGGUCAUUUUAGUCCUAUUCAUUCUCAUGCCAGCACGUAUGGUAUUAUUCGAGUGCUCCACGGUGAAAUCAAUGUAAAAAUUUAUCGAACAUUGAGCCUGAAAAAAAUGAAACACAUUCAUGAAGCAACAUUCUACGAAAAUCAAGUUACUUGGCUUUCACCUGGUUUGAAUCAAGUGCACAAACUAGAGAAUAAGUCGCCUAAUAAAUCAUGUAUUACUAUUCAAGCAUACGAAUACAUCAGUGAUGAAGUUAAUCAUUAUGAAUUUUUUGAUUAUAUUGACAAUAAUGGAUCAUCAAUAAAAAAUUUUAAACCUGUUCCAGAUCUAGAUUACACAGAAUUCAAAAAUAUAAUGAUCACCGAAUGGAACAAUAGAAAUUAG